AUGUGCUCAGGACAUGAUUAUGCUCAUUGUCUUCCUCGCGUCAGGUCUUCUUCCGCUGACGUGAUCAAGUCCGCUGCUGCUGAAGCGAACAAGUGCACCUGGGACCAAAAGACCAAUAAUUGCCAAAUGCCUCGACGAUUGCGAUACAGACCGUACGAUGCCCAAUCAUCAAAAGUUUCAGCCAGUGCGACAUCUCCUUUGUCAGCCACACCUCAACAAACUAGUUCAAAACUCAGUACAAUUAACAGGGGUUCUUCGCGUCAGAACGCCGAAGCACCGCGGAGUCUUGCGUCUCCCGCACCCGAGGUCCACACAUCAUCAGACAUCCAAAUCUUUCCGAGUGAUCUUGAUCAGUUCAACGCACCAGCAAAUCAUGUGUUGCCAACCAUCUUGAUCAGUUCAACACAUCGGGAGACAAUCAGCCAGGACGAACAAGAUCCAACUGGUUAUUCCACCUUGUCAUCACCAGCAGCGAAUCCUUUGGAAACCCCGGACACUUCUCCAGGUUCACCCACGGUCUCGCGCAAACCUGUCAUUCGCAUGACAGGAUUGCAGCUCACCUACUUCAAUGUAGUCUCCGCCCGUGCCAAUCUAGACGAAGAUAGCUUGGUUUUGGGGCGACAAUUAUGUAGUGCCCAGAGCGGAGACCAUCACUUCAUUGCCCUCAUGGUCGCAAUUCUUGCCGGACGCCAAGAGAUCCGGGAGCUUUGUCACGAGCUUACUCAACGGAUCGACGCCAUUCAAGAUCCCCGAGACCCCAGAGGUGGCAGAGGGUUACCUCGUUCCGAUUCCCUUGUUUGGAAAGCAAGCAAAGAGUUGAGAGGAGUUGUGCGCUUAUUGGGGUGUCAGUCUGCCAUGGAUGGUGAUGUACAAGCAUACACUGCAACCAAGGACAGGGGUGGGAAUCAAGAUGUGUUACCCAAGUCCCUGUUUGCUAAAGUUAUGUGGACGGCAUCUAUUCUUUGGGCAGAGCGCGGUCUUAUCGUAUCCGUCCGAAUGGAAGAAUUGACUUCUGCCACCAGAAAGGAUUUCAAGGAUAUUUUUUUAACACAUAUCACCCUCCCCAGUCGACGCAAUGUGAUACCAUCACAAGCUAAAGUGCCAUCUCUUGAUACAAUCAUAGUCAAGCUCUAUCAAAACAAACGAGGUCUACUAGGCGGACGUGUCCGUGUCCGGGAAGAGAUCUUAGAACAAGUUGAUCACGCUUGA